CUUUAUUUUGCGUGUAUUGGAGAAUUUCUUGUCUACCCCGCCACGCCGCCAAUUUUGUAAAUGCCAUAGCACCAAACCAAUAUUUCCUUACCUAUUCUAUUCUUCCCUAUUUUCUCCCCGCAAUUACUUCUACUGUAAUUUAAUCAUACUAACCCAUUGAUCGUACAGACUCCAUCUUCCAUUCACAUCCAUACUCAACAUGGCGGAGACGUUCGAGUUCCAGGCUGAGAUCUCUCAGCUUCUCUCCCUCAUCAUUAACACCGUCUACUCCAACAAGGAGAUUUUCCUACGAGAGUUAGUAUCCAACUGCUCAGAUGCUCUCGACAAGAUCCGAUACGAGGCCCUUUCGGACCCGAGCAAGCUCGAGGCCAACAAGGACCUCCGUAUCGACAUCAUCCCCGACAAGGAGAACAAGACCUUGACUAUCCGUGAUACCGGUAUUGGUAUGACUAAGGCUGACCUUGUCAACAACUUGGGUACCAUCGCUCGAUCGGGUACCAAGCAGUUCAUGGAGGCUUUGACCGCUGGUGCUGAUGUUUCUAUGAUUGGCCAAUUCGGUGUCGGUUUCUACUCGGCUUACCUUGUUGCCGACCGAGUCACAUUCAUCUCCAAGCACAACGAUGACGAGCAGUACAUCUGGGAGUCGUCUGCUGGUGGUACCUUCAGCGUCAAGCCUGACACUGAUGGCGAGCCCCUUGGCCGUGGCUCUAAGCUAAUCCUUCACCUCAAGGAUGAGCAGACUGAGUACCUCAACGAGAGCAAGAUCAAGGAGGUCAUCAAGAAGCACUCCGAGUUCAUCUCUUACCCCAUCUACCUACACGUCCUAAAGGAGACUGAGAAGGAAGUCCCCGAUGAGGAUGCUGAGGCUGAGGAGGUUGAAGAAGAGGGUGACGACAAGAAGCCCAAGAUCGAGGAGGUUGAUGACGAGGACGAAGAAAAGGAGAAGAAGAAGAAGACCAAGAAGGUCAAGGAGACUUCUAUCGAGGAGGAAGAACUCAACAAGCAGAAGCCCAUCUGGACUCGCAACCCUCAAGACAUCACCCAAGAGGAGUAUGCCGCCUUCUACAAGUCUCUCUCCAACGACUGGGAAGACCACCUUGCCGUCAAGCACUUCUCUGUUGAGGGUCAGCUUGAGUUCCGAGCUAUCCUAUUCGUGCCCAAGCGCGCUCCCUUCGAUCUCUUCGAGACCAAGAAGACCAAGAACAACAUCAAGCUCUACGUCCGUCGUGUCUUCAUCACCGAUGAUGCCACUGAUCUCAUCCCUGAGUGGCUCAGCUUCGUCAAGGGUGUUGUUGACUCUGAGGAUCUUCCUCUCAACCUGUCCCGUGAGACUCUCCAGCAGAACAAGAUCAUGAAGGUCAUUAAGAAGAACAUCAUCAAGAAGGCCCUUGAGCUGUUCACCGAGAUCGCCGAAGACAAGGAGCAGUUCGACAAGUUCUACAGCGCUUUCUCUAAGAACUUGAAGCUUGGUAUCCACGAGGAUUCUCAGAACCGUCAGAUACUCGCCAAGCUUCUGCGAUUCAACUCAACCAAGUCUGGCGACGAGCAAACCUCUCUGGCCGACUAUGUCACCCGCAUGGCUGAGCACCAGAAGAAUAUCUACUACAUCACUGGCGAGUCUAUCAAGGCCGUCUCCAAGUCUCCUUUCUUGGACGCGCUCAAGGAGAAGAACUUCGAGGUUCUUUUCUUGGUUGACCCCAUUGAUGAGUACGCCAUGACUCAGUUGAAGGAGUUCGAAGGCAAGAAGCUUGUCGACAUUACCAAGGACUUUGAUCUUGAGGAGACCGAGGAGGAGAAGAAGGCUCGUGAGGCCGAGGAGAAGGAAUACGAAAGCCUUGCCAAAUCGCUGAAGAACGUUCUCGGCGACAAGGUCGAGAAGGUUGUUGUCUCUCACAAGCUCGUUGGCUCUCCUUGUGCCAUCCGAACUGGUCAGUUCGGUUGGUCUGCUAACAUGGAACGUAUCAUGAAGGCCCAGGCUCUCCGUGACACUUCCAUGAGCAGCUACAUGAGCUCUAAGAAGACCUUUGAGAUUUCUCCCAAGUCUCCUAUCAUCAAGGAGCUCAAGAAGAAGGUCGAGGCCGAUGGCGAGAACGACAAGACUGUCAAGUCGAUUGUCCAGCUUCUUUUCGAGACCUCUCUGCUAGUCUCCGGUUUCACUAUUGAGGAACCCGCUGGCUUCGCUGAGCGUAUCCACAAGCUCGUCUCUCUUGGUCUAAACCUGGAUGAGGAACCCGAGGUCGAGGAGGUACCGGCUACUGCCGACACCGCCGCCGCAGAGACCGGUGACAGUGCCAUGGAAGAGGUCGACUAAAGGGACUGAAAAUGGAAAUGGAAAUCGCAAAAGUUCUUCGGAGUUUGGAUGGUUUCGGGGCUAUUUCCGGUAGACAUCAUCUUUUGGGUGGAUAUCCCCCAAAUAAUUCUUCGCCUUUCCAGGGAUGGAGGCGUGAUAAUUCCUAGCAGGGUUUAGUUAUUGCUAGCUGAUUGAUGCAUUCCGGUGUUCCUCAUGUAUUUUACACACUUAUGCCGUUACGAGGAUGGUUAGAGGUCGGAUUGAUCCACAGAGGAAAUGAAGUUCGCUAU